AUGGCCGAGCCACAGCCCCAAAACGUCCAUGAAGGCGCAACAACUGGCGAUGUUGAAGAUGAGGUCAAGUCUACUGCCAAGUCAGCCGAGGACCGCAAGGCCGCAUCAGCCCUCGCCAGUCUCGAUUCAGCCGGGAACGAUGACGCUGCUGCAAGAGAAGUCGACCAAGAGGCUGUCAACAAGGCAAUGAAGAGCCUAGGAGGGGCCAAGUCGUCCACCAAGACCACGGCUACCCCAAUCAAAAAUGUGAAAGUCGAUGCUGCCGACGUGACGUUGCUGGUCGAAGAAUUGGAGCUGCAAAAGCCGAAAGCUACCGAGCUUCUAAAGGCUCAUGACGGGGAUGCCGUCAAAGCUAUGCGCGCUUGGAUCAAUGCAUAA